AUGGAUCCCAACGUCGACCCUCAUCCAGACUCCGUCGUCGGCCUGGAUAAUGCGAAGGCGGAGAUUGCACUCGCCGCUAAUGCACUCAACGAUCCAAACCGGUUUCUUCCCUACAAGCCAUGGCGGACCUUCUUGCUACAUGGUGUCAUUGGAUCAGGCAAGAAACUUUUCGCUCAGUCAUUCUCCCCAAAGUACGAUGUUCGGAUCAUACAUGCAUCCAUCGUAACAGUGAAUGUCGGACACGUUUCCGGUCUUUUCGCAUGGUACACAGCGCUGCCCGAGUCUCGUGUCAUAAUUCUCAACGACGUAGAGCAGAUGCUUGGAGUUGGCUCGACCCUGGUGGUGCAUCCCACCGCCAAAUCCGAGCUCUUGGCCGCAAUUAACUGUUUCCGAGAUGUCCUUGUGAUUGGUAUCACGAGAUCCCCAUGGCUUCUCGAUGAAGCUGUGUUGCGUCAUUUCGACCGCCAUUUACAUAUCCAUCUACCCAACCAUCCCAAUCGGGUCCAGAUGGUGUGUCAGAAAAUAUCACCUUUUACCCACGAGAUUCAUGAAGCCGAUGUCUGGGAUAUGAUGCAACAUUUUGAAGACAUCUCCGGAAGCAUGAUUGACGAUGCAAUUCGCGGUGUCUUGAUGUACAAGUACCAGGAGGCUCGCGGAGCAACGCAUUUUCGAAAGGUCGAAGGUCAAGGGGGCAAAUUGUGGGCAUGCAACGAAGAAGAUCUUGGAAGCGAGAAAUAUAAUUACACUCAAGGGCCUUGGAGAGUGUCACUCAACCCGAUCACGAUUGCAGAUUUGACCGAUUUUCUACGUCUAAUUGUGAGGGGGUCGAGCCCUCUCAAAGAGGCGGAAGAAAAGCAUGAACGCUGGAACGCGAAGCCUUUCCAGGGAGAAGAGACCGGAGAGAGCUUGAAAGCUGCCAGUCAAUCGGCUGAUGAGAUAUUCCAUGUGCAGUUUUGA